AUGAAAUCUUGUGAGGUUUCAGCUGAGCUUUACUAUCGUUCCUUUCUUAAACACUGUUUUUAUGAUGUUGAAAAGCUCAAUAUCAAUCAUUUGUUAAAUGAAUACUCGUCAUCCAUUUUGAAAUCUUCUUCUAGACGCUCAUUAAUUGAGCGAUGUGAUGUGAUUCGUAGUGAGACGCGAAAUUUAUUGAAGGUGUUGCAAAUUAUCGUUAUUCACAACACAGGAUCAACUCCAGGAGUAGCUGUACUUGUUCAUGAUGUAAGUAAAGAUGAGGUGUAUUGCUCUCUGCAUUUACAUGACGUUUCUGAAAGCGAUGAUCGAAACUCUUCUGUUUCUACAGGAUUACGAGAUAAUAGACAUUUUACUAUAGUACUCCCAGAAUGUAAUAUAGAUUUAAAAAUGAUUACUUUCGAGAAUUUGUUGUUUUUCUGCCAGUCUAGCAGUUCAUCAGGUUUUGUAUUACUUAUGGAUAUAAGUGCGGUGACGAACUCUUCGGAACUAUUGACACCUUGUCCAGUAUUGGAAGAUUUUUCUUUUUUAACGUGUUCUGCAUAUUAUGAUGAUUCUCAUCACUCUGUCUUAUUUUCUUUUUUGGACACUCAUAAACUGUUUUCACUUACAAUACCGGUUGAUUUUUACAGACGAAGGGAAGGUAUAAGUACUAUUAGAGUACUAUACCUCUCUCUACCACAAGGUUCUCUCCACUUCCAUGUGGAUCGUGAUCUUAUUAUCGUUUGCCCGUCAUUAAAAAAAGAGACAAAUUGGUUAAGUCUUUUUUUUAUGAAAGAAGAACCAGUUUGUAAAUACGAUAUGAAAGCCAGAGUAUGUCUUUAUUAUUCUAUCGUUGUGGGUAGUCAUCACUACCUUGUUUUGCUUGCUAUGGAAGAUGGAAGUGUACAAACAUUUCAAUUUCGAUCUAAAACUAUUGUAAAGGGUGGGUUAACAAAAGUUUUUGAAGGUGAUAUCCUUCACAAAGAGGCGCAAGAAUUUGUACCAAUGGGAGGGGAUAAAAUUGCCCUUAUUACCAAAUAUCAAUGUGCCCUUCUUAGUAUUGUUGAUACCACACUGACUGGAGUUGUUUCAGUAUUAUCUAUUUAUUCUUCUUCAGAAAUUUCUAAUAUGACUAUACUGAAACUUCAAUUUCCCUAUGAAUUACAGGGGAAUUUUCCUUUUGUACUACUCGUGAGUACUCUUGGAUAUGCUGGAGUUCGAAUAUAUUCUUUUCAACAUAUGAAGACUCUAUGUGUGAAUGUUGAUGCUUCUCCAUCAGGAAUAAGUUCUGUCAUUUCUGAUGAUGAGUUAGAAUUAACAACGGCUGAUCUUGUGAAUAAUAAGGGCGGUCGAGUUACAGGAUUAUUUUCUCAUAUUAAAUCCAUUUUUCAACGGGGAAAAACCGAGCGUCGCAGUGGUUACUUUGAGCCAAAUAUUAAGAAUGAAGAUGCCAUUUUAACCCUGUGUCAGGGAUUUGGCGAACUUUCAAUUGAUAAACUCUCUCCACCGUAUCAACUUAUUGCUUUGGACUCUCGUGUUCGGGGUUUUCUUGUCUGUGUUUCAACUAAAAACACUAAUCAUUGCUAUCUCUUAAGGGAUUAUGCACUGCACCACGCGUUGCGACAGUUGUGGAUGGUUCUCGGUGAUGGCUAG